UAAAAGCUUUUGGCGGACCAUGAACAAAAUGUGAAAGCUAAAAGUAGCGUAAAAAAUGUCAUGCUCUUGAAUAUAUAUGUAGGCUCAGGCACACGCAUUCACAUAAAGAAUUUGUUCAUCUUCAAAUUUGUGAGAAACCAACUAAAGAGGAGUGUCUACUUUCUAAGCUAUGGAACCACAGUUAACAAAGCUUGGUGGUUCUCUCUUGGUGCCUUGUGUCCAACAGCUUUCAAAGGAGCCACUAGUGAAAGUUCCACCUCAAUACGUGCGCACUGAUGAAGACCCUUCCUUCAUAUCCAACAGUAGUUCUUGUUUGGCCCAAGUGCCUGUCAUUGACAUGCAAAAACUACAUUAUUCCAAGGAUCUCAAGGAUACGGAGCUGGAGCAAUUGCACCAUGCAUGCAAACAUUGGGGUUUCUUCCAGUUAAUCAAUCAUGGAGUGAGCACUGCACUGGUGGAAAAAGUGAAGCUGGAGAUUGAAGGGUUCUUCAAUCUAACAAUGGAAGAGAAGAUGAAAUUUUGGCAAACACCGGAGGAUAUUGAGGGAUUCGGGCAGGCAUUUGUUGUCUCAGAGGAGCAAAAGCUUAAUUGGGGAGACAUGUUUUAUAUGAUCACCCUCCCAACACAUUUGAGAAAGCCACAUUUAUUCCCUAAGCCCCCUCUCCCACUCAGGGAAGCCUUGGAAACUUAUUCAACAGAAUUGAAAAAUCUUGCCAUCAACAUGCUUGACCUUAUGGCAAAGGCUCUAAAGAUGGACCCUAAUGACAUGAGAAUUCUGUUUGACGAAGGGCAUCAAGGGAUGAGGAUGAACUAUUAUCCUCCAUGUCCACAGCCAGAGCAUGCAAUUGGCAUCAACUCUCAUUCUGAUGCUGUUGGCCUAACCAUUCUACUUCAAAUCAAUGAGAUGGAAGGCCUCCAAAUAAGAAAAGAUGGGGCUUGGAUUCCUAUCAAACCUCUCCCAAAUGCUUUUGUGAUCAAUAUUGGAGACAUUCUAGAGAUUGUUUCCAAUGGGAUUUACCGUAGCAUUGAGCAUCGUGCCACAGUGAACUCAAGGAAAGAAAGGAUGUCCAUCGCUACGUUUUACAGCCCCAAACUGGAAGGAGAUAUGGGUCCAGCACCAAGCCUUAUCACACCACAAACUCCAGCGUUGUUCCGGAGAAUAGGUGUUGUUGACUACUUCAGGGGACUAUUUUCUCGUGAGCUUCGUGGGAAAUCUUAUAUUGAUGUCUUAAGGGUAUAAACCCAGGAAAUUAAAACUGAUUGAGUCCCAGGUCUUGAAGGAAUGAAGUCAAUUAAGUUUAGCUCCAGUGGUAAUUUAGGAUGAGACGUAAUUAGAUAGAAAUAAAUUCGAGCCACUAGGCUCUCCCUUUCGAAAGCCCAGCCACGGCUGUAAUUCCUUUUUUCUUUCUUUGUUGCCUUUCUUCAAAUUGUAAUCCCAUAUAUUUUCACUAAGAAAAAUCAAAACCAGAUACGACGAGAAACGAGAUUGAGAUAAACCCCAAAGCAGCUCGUUUUGUGGUUUUCAAGCAAUCUGAUAUACUUUGGCAGCAAAAGACUUCAACACAAUCUUUAGCAGCUGAUAGGGUAAGACCAAUAAACUUGUUGAUUUGAUUCAA